AUGAACCCAUCUUCGCAUAUUCGCACAAAUGAACUGAGUUCGUCCGUUUUGGAAACCAAGAUUGAUAGAUUGGCCAGCCAAUUAAACAAAAUUGAAAAUGAGCGCGUAGUUUCAUUACAGCGUGAAGUGGCUAUAUUGAGACAAUUACUUGACUUUCAAAAUGCUAAGUUGGAUAAAGUCACAUCGUUGUUGACAGGGUUUGUGGCGCAGUUGAUGAACCGAAAGGGCAAAGUGUUGGAUGAGGAUGAAGUUGAUCUGGAAUUGAUUCCUCAAGGUGACUCAUCGGAAGCCGAGGAUGAUGACGAGUCGGUAUUGCGAUCAAUACGUGCUUUUCAGGAGAGUGUCAAUGUGAGUGAUUUACAAAGACCCAACAUGCAACAACAAAUCAACCAUCACAUGAACCAUUUGCACCCACAGCCCAACCUGACUCAUCAAAUACUCAUUGACCAAAAUAGAGCCUCCUUACAACGUAUCCAACAGCAGCAGCAACAACAGCUGGCGCAUCACCAAGCUCAAGGAACCACUUCUGGGCAAGUUGGUCGAACUGCAGAUAAUAAUAUGGACCCCGAGUUGCAUCAUGUAUCAGCUGUGGUAACAGACCAGCGAGAAAGUAGGCUGACUCGACAUGCUGGUAGACACCAACGGCAACACACUCGAACGUCACAACAAGCACACCAAGACCUGCCGGCUAAGACAAAAAAAAGGGGACAAAAGAGGAAAAGAGGCGGACAGGGAGAUGAUGUAAACCAAUUGCUUGAUGAGGAGCCUGUUCCAUCGAAAGUCCCAACCCAAGAUGCAAAUCUGGGAAAGAAAAUUCACGUCGAGUUUAUUCACAAUCCUACAACAGUUCGUGAAAUAUACGACGAGUUUUAUAAAGGAUACAAAGGUCAAGAACCUCUUUGUCAAAUGGAUGCCAUAUACGGCAAGAAUAAUUGGAGGGGCGAUUCAAGGUCAAAAGAAAGUAAACGAUUUCAAAGAAGAAAACGAUUAUGCGAUGCUAUAAAGAGAGGCAGCUACAAGUAUAAUAAACUGGACGACGAAAUGAUUGAUUACUUGGAAAGCUAUCGUAAAGAAAAGUCAUUGACUUGGAUUAUGAAUGGACAUAUUCCAGCUGAUCUUCUAGAAUGA